CACCUGACACCAUGUGCUGCUCCCCUUGCUGCCAGCCCACCUGCUGUGGGUCCAGCUGUUGCCGACCCAGCUGCUGCUGCCGCCCAUGCUGUGUCCCAUGCUGUGUGUCCAGCUGCUGCCAGCCUUGCUGCCGCCCAUGCUGUGUGUCCAGCUGCUGCCAGCCUUGCUGCCGCCCAUGCUGUGUGUCCAGCUGCUGCCAGCCUUGCUGCCGCCCAUGCUGUGUGUCCAGCUGCUGCCAGCCUUGCUGCCGCCCAUGCUGUGGAUCCAGCUGCUGCCAGCCUUGCUGCCGCCCAUGCUGUGGAUCCAGCUGCUGCCAGCCUUGCUGCCGCCCAUGCUGUGGAUCCAGCUGCUGCCAGCCUUGCUGCCGCCCAUGCUGUGGAUCCAGCUGCUGCCAGCCUUGCUGCCGCCCAUGCUGUGGAUCCAGCUGCUGCCAGCCUUGCUGCCGCCCAUGCUGUGGAUCCAGCUGCUGCCAGCCGUGCUGCUGUCCAAAAUGGUGUCAGACCACCUGCUGUAAAACCACCUGCUGCCGGCCCAGCUGCUGCUGCCGCCCUUGCUGUGUGUCCAGCUGCUGCCAGCCUUGCUGCUGCUGA